UUCGACAAAAAAAACCUCCAAUCUAAUGUCAAUGUCUUGUCUUUAAAUACUAUCUUACUCUCUCUGAUACUCUUUCUCACUCCUCUCUCUUUGAGCUAUGUCGUUAGGACGAUCGGAGUUCGCCGACGGCGUAGCGGCACGGAGCUUAAGCGAGAUCUCGGAGGUUGAUGCCGUAAGAAUCGGAGCUGAUAUUGUAUCCGCGGCGAGACGUCUCAUCUCGCUCUUAAGAUCCGUCGGAGACUGUCAAUGGCUGCAUCAUCCACCGGUCAUUGCCGAAGCUAUCAGAAGGUACGAUGAGCUGUGGAUGCCGUUGAUUUCUGAUCUAACGGUUGGUUCGAAGCCUCCGAUGAUUCUACCUCCUCUUGAUGUUGAAUGGGUUUGGUUUUGUCAUUCUUUGAAUCCAGUAAGUUACAGGGAUUACUGUCUUAAGAAAUUUUCGAAACUUAUAGGGAAACCUGCGAUUUAUGAUGAAGAGAACGAGGAUUACGCGGUUUUACAAUGCGAGAAAAUCUGGGUCACGAGAUACCCAGAGGAGAGUUUCGAGAAUAGAGCUGAUCCUGAUUCUCCAGAGCCUGUUUCAUCAUCCAAUGAAGAUAUUAAAACUGAAGUAGAGAAACAGAGAUUUCUCUGGGAGAAGUUUUCAGCACCUUACAUGUCUGAAUCCGUUUACUUGAUCGCUGCUCGGUUACGUUACAAAGGGUUCUUGCUUAUACUACACAAGUUCAAGGAAGAGAUUACGCGUCUUCUUCCAGCUUCAGAUAUAUUGCUUAUGUGGCUCACACAUCAGAGCUACCCGACUAUAUAUACAGAGGAUGUUGAUGAAAUGUUGGAAGAGAUUAUGAGAAAAGUGGUAAGAUAUGGAGAAACCGUAGAGAAAAGUGAAGUGGAAACAACAAAGAAACUUUGGAAUAGAUACUUCAAUCAACCGUAUGAGAAAGCAGGCGGCGAGUUGACUGUGAUACCGAAUGAGUCUCGUCUCUGUAACAACACAGUGUUUUAUUGGCCUGUCUCUGAUGUAGACGUUAACACUUCGUAUAAGUCCAUUCGACCUAGGUUCGUCUUGGAAUUAUGUAUAUUUAUAAGGCUAAACCCGAAGGCAGAGUUAAACGAGUCAAGUUUUCUUCGUUUGAGAGUAGGUAGAUGUCAUCGGAAGCUUCAACUUGAUAAGAAAAUGACUAAUUUGUCCCGUGAUGGUUCGUGGGAGAAAGGUUGGCAUCUUUACUGCGAGUUUGGAACACAAGGGGUAGUUUUGGAAUCUCAUUGUGAUCGUCCACGUGGGAUUUGCUUUAGAAGCCGGAAACCAGAAGGGAUGAUAGCGUUUCUGUGGAAUGAUCUGCUAAGAGCGCAUUCUCUAUCGUUGGGUAGGUUUCUUGGGAAGCAAGUAAGUGUGUUUGCAUCGGUUACUCCCCCGGUUCAAGCGCCGUACUUGCUGAGAUUUGUACCGGAUCGAGCUACCGAUGAUUCAGGUGCUAUGAUAUCUGAUUCAAUUCAAAGAACAAACAACUUCAGGCCUCAAGAAGGAAGAUGGCUUACUCGAACUGUUCUUGAUCACGCUGGACGGGAAUGCUUCGUAAUCCGGAUCCGAGUCGGGAAAGGAGUGUUUAAACGUGGAAGUGAAGUUCCAUCCCCGGUGAAAUCAGAGGAGAGGAUAACAGAGAUACGGGUAGGUUCUUGGUCUUAUGUGGAGGGCUCAAUUGGUAAAGCUCCAGCAAAGGUGGUUGGAACCGUAAUUCCUAAAGAAGCGGUGGAGAAUUGGGAAUCUGCGUGGGAAUUUUCAACUGGAGAUGAAUUGCUCAUUCGUUGGAACUCAUCAGGAUCUAUCUCAGAGCUUGGUUUACGUUCAAGAAACCCCGGUUCACUGGUUAGGCUAUUAACUGGACGGAGAAUGCAAUAUAAAGGAGACAACGAAGAAGACGACGAAGGUUUUGUAACAAUGGUUAGAUCCACUGAAGAAGAUCCAACAGAAAAAGCUACGGCUCUGAUCGAUUGGAAGCAUCAAGCUGUGGAGUUUUUGCCUGAGGAAGACGCGGUUUUCGUCUUGCUAUUGUCUGUAUCACUUCUAAGGAGUGUAACACAGAAGAGAAGAGAAGACGUUGGUCAAUUACUGGUAAGGAAAAGGAUAACCGAAGCUACCGGUGAACGUGAAUGGGGUUCGGUUAUUGUCGAUGCUUCAUCAUCAAAUAUAUCUUCUACUUCUAGUCCAUACGUAUCACCGUGGUAUCGAAACUCUGAUAAGGUUAUUGCAAUGGAGGAGAAACCACAGGUGGCGAGAUAUCCAUAUCCAGUUAUGAGUUAUUCUAACGUUGAUGGUGGUGAUAAUUUGUACAAACACGUAAUAUUUGGGUGACUUUAAAGAAAUUUCACAUAGAUUUUUUUUUA